CGUUUUAGUAAAUUUUGAUAAAACGAAGAGGAGCACAUCUCUGCUGCAACAGACUAGGACAAACCAUGAGUCGAUGCCCGUACUUUGAGAAGAAGCAUUUGUUAUUCAAAAAUAAACCGUCUAUUGAGGAAAGCCAGGAUGCCUCGCAGGCAGGGGGAGAGGACAGCAAAGGAAGAAUCAUCUAUGGAGACUACCUGCAGCUGGACAAAAUAACCACAGCUCAAGUGUUGCAAAGUGAACUGCAGGGCAAUAAAAUCCACGAUGAGCAUCUUUUCAUCGUCACCCAUCAAGCCUAUGAACUGUGGUUCAAGCAGAUUCUUUUUGAGAUCGAUUCGGUGCGGGAGAUCUUCAUCAGCGGACAUGUCAGAGAUGAACGCAACAUGCUCAAAGUCAACACACGGAUUCACCGGAUUGUAAUGAUCUUCAGACUGCUGGUCGACCAAUUCACAGUUCUGGAAACAAUGACGGCGCUGGAUUUCUUUGACUUCAGGAAGUACCUGGUUAACGCCUCUGGGUUUGAAAGCCUUCAGUUUCGACUUCUGGAGAACAAAAUCGGGGUGCAGGACAACCUGAGGGUUCCUUACAACCGACGGCAUUACAAGGACUACAUUAAAGGGGAUGACACUGAGACGCUUCUAGACACAGAACAAGAGCCGACGCUUCUGAAGCUGGUGGAGGAGUGGCUGGAGAGAACGCCUGGCUUGGAAGUGGAUGGAUUCAAUUUCUGGGAACGGCUUGAAAUCAAUAUAUUUGACGGGCUGAAUGUGGAGGAGAAGAAAAUCGAGAAAAUGCCAGAGUCGGAGGAGAAAGAGAAGCUGAUGGCUGAGCUCGUCAAACAGAGAGAGCACUUCACAUCCCUGUUUGAUGAAAAGCGCCAUGACCAUCUGGUCAGCAAAGGGGAAAGGCGGCUGUCUUACAAGGCUUUACAAGGUGCUCUGAUGAUUUACUUCUACAGGGAAGAGCCAAGGUUCCAGGUUCCCUUCCAGCUGCUCACAUCCCUCAUGGACAUGGACAACCUCAUGACAAAAUGGAGAUACAACCAUGUGUGCAUAGUACAUCGAAUGAUUGGCAGCAAAGCAGGCACGGGGGGCUCAUCAGGCUACCACUACUUAAGAUCCACUGUCAGUGACCGCUACAAAGUGUUUGUGGAUCUGUUCAACCUGGCAACGUUCCUGGUGCCUCGUCACUGGGUGCCCAAACUCAACCCCACCGUUCACACCUUCCUGUACAUGGCCGAGUGCUGCGACAGCUCCUACUGCAGCAGCGAGGACUCGGACUAGGAGUUCAUCUCAGCCGUCUGUUAUGGCUUCCCUUCGCGGUGACGGAGAUCACAGCCGGGGAGUUAUUUGCCAAGUGUGUAGGUGCAGGGCAGCCCCUGUGUUGGGCCAACACAUGCAUGAGUCAGAGCAUCACUCUGACUUAAAGUUGAUUCAACUUUACUUUACUCAAGACCAAUAAACAUUGUAGUAAACUUCAUGUAAGUAAGUAAAAUGAUGAACUUUAUUGUUUUAUACCAAGUUAAAUGGAUGUAAGGGUGACUCACUGAAUGUAUAAAGAAAAAGAUAAGAUUGAAAUGCGUAGUUAGGCUUGUAAAUAUUAAGCUUUAGCACGUGGUAAAAAUAAAACGAGUCGUAGAGCUUGUGACAUAAUGUCUGACAUUAAAUGUUUCACGAUACCGAAUCAAGCUAUUUUACUUUAAUCUCGUCUCGGAGUCACAGUGCGGCAGACGGCUCCUUGAUAAGACCUGCUCAGAUGUUCCCUCAAUAACUGUUAUGUAAAUGAAGAAGAGCUGACCUGGAGGCAAGCGGAUCAGUGGGUGGAAUGAUCAAACCUUGCGCGGAGGGACAACGCUGCCGGGUUUUACACAACGCCUUUCAUGUCAGCAUGUCACAGUGGGCCGCUUCAGACACACCGAGAUGCACCUUCAGUGAAACAAAGUGUAAAUAAGAUGAAAUCUCAAGCAUAAAAAUGUCAAUGUCUAAAGCAGGAAGAUUCGCACUGCUUCAAUAUGAUGAUAUCAAAGAGAAGCCAUGAAUUAUUACAUAAUCCUAAUGAUGUAGCUCUUUCAGAUGUGUUGUAUAGUACUCUGCAUAAUUCUGUAAUGUAUUUAUCUACUAAUUCAUUAUAUAUUUGUAUAGAAGAAUUCUAAUAUGUGUUUUGUAUUUAAUAAGAUGCAUGUACUUUGCAUAGUGAAAAUACUUUUAUUGUGUCGCAGUUUGUUGUUAUAAUCCAACAGUUGCAAACAUAUGAAGAGAUUUAUUUGUUUUUGUGACACAAGAUGGCUACAUUUCAAUAAAAGCAUUAUCCACAGUGA